AUUCAUCGCAGAUAUAAGGCUUUAUUUUUUGAAAUUAUAUUAAAUUAUAAUAUUUCAACAUGAAAUAUUAUAACAUUCCUUCUGGAUCCAGAAAAGAGGAACGAGAGAGGGGAAAAAACCUAAGAGAUUCGACUGUAAAAGGAAAGAAAAGAUAUCCUACGCUCCUGCAAACUCGGCGCACGCGCGGAAAAUGCUGCCUGUUUAGCAACAAGGUGCUCUCUCUUUUUACCGAGCAGUUCGUUCUGAGAUACGAGACAAGAUAGGAGCUCGUCUGUCGCGCGGUCACGAAACGCGACGCACGAAUCGCGACGAACGAUAAAGCGCGGAUCUCUAUCUCCCGCGUUCCCGUUCAUCUCCCUCUUUCUGGCACAGAUAGAAAACGGUUAAGAUCGAUUAAGAUCCAAGUUCCGCAACGCGGUGAAAAGUGGUGCGGAACGAGACGUGUGAAACCCGGUAGAAAGUUCGGGCGUGCAAAAGUACGGGAACAAGAGCACCGCGGGGAAGAGAGAUCAACAACGCGGGGGUGGAGGGGACGGUGGAUCAAAGUGCGGGACACAGCUGUUCCGUGAAAGGAGGAGGAUAGCGCCGAAUACACACGGCGACGAGAGCGAACGAACGGAAGAGACCGGAAUCGGAGACUCCGGAGCGGUAUACGAAAAAAAUCGAACGAGCGUGUUAUCGCACGAGGGCUACACCGCGCGUAACGAACAACGCGUGACGAAGGUCACGCGAAGAAGCGGAGGUCGCGAGCCAAGCGGAAAUUAUUUUGCGAGCCGAGCGCGCAAAGUGUAAUCGCGAGGGGGAGGAAAGUGCAAGCGAAUCGACAGCGUGUCGACGUAGGCGGACCGCGACGCGAAGAGCGUGCCUUCUCACGGAUCAGGAGAGGAGAUGCUAAACGAAUCCGAAUCCGUUCCUCGGAUUUUAACCGUCAUCCGUUAGAAUCUCAGUGCGUGCCCACUCGCGUGCGUGCUCCUUUCUCGUCUCCUCGUGCCGCGACGUAGUACACGUACACGUACAUACACGUCAAUUCGGGACACGUGAAGUGUCCAACGUGGAGAGAUACAACGAAAGAAGAAGAAUAUCUCCGAUAAGAAGAAGAGGAGAAAGCGGGAGUUGCGAGCGCUGUCCCAAAAGUUGUGGGGAGCGAGAGCGAGAGCGAGAGCGAGAGAACGCGAGAGAGUCCCCCGAUCUUCUUCGGCGCGAGAAAGAUGUGGCGUCCCACGAGUGACGGCAGUCAGACGGAGAAACAUGUUGCAGGGGAGGACAGGAAGCAACGGUGGAAGUGCGAGGGCUACGACGAAGACGAGUGCGAAGCGGGUAACGUCGAUUCCGGAUUCCUGUCGGGCGGCAAUCUUCAGUUCAGCGGCGAGAUCAGUGGCGCCGGCGACUCGGGGUUGCCGCAGGAGGGGCGGCGGGCGGCGGGGGUGGGGGAGGGGGAGAGGCAGAGGCAGGUCGCGCCGACCACCGAGUUGACGUCCAAGGUGACGGCAUCAUCGUCGGAGGUGGCGAUCGCGGAGGAGCCAAUGAGGGCGAUCGACAGCGGCGUGGACCUCGAUCUCACCGAGACCCUGAGCCAGCUCAGCCUGAAGCAUGUCAGCCUGAACCCGCUCGCCGCCAAGGGCGACAAGCUGAUCCAGGCCGAGCCGACGACCCCGGUGUUGUUGCCCGUCAGCGCGAAUCUCACGCGGAGGGACGAUACCGUGCCAGCGACGUACGAGCAGCACCAGCGGGACGAUGAGCGACGCGCGACGAGCAACGAGGAGCCCUGGCAGCUCUACUACACACAGGAUGACGACGGUGACACGCAACUACAUAUCGCGAUCGUACAGGGCUUCGUGGAAGCUGCACUCUCUUUAAUAAGAAUGGCACCUGACUCGUGCCUGUUGGAUACCAUGAACGACGACUGGCAAUCACCUUUGCAUUUGGCAGUGCUAACGCAUCAGUCGCUGAUCGUCAGACGGCUGAUCCUGGCGGGCGCGGAUCCAUCCCUCAGGAAUUUCCGUGGAAACACGGCCCUCCAUCUGGCAUGCAUAAGCGGAGAUCUCGCUUGUGCCAAGGCUCUCACAGAUCCAUUGUCUCCAAUGGAGAGGAACAAAUUGAUGCCGGGGCAGACGAUACCCGCUUUACCCCAAAAUUUGGAACAACGUAAUUAUAGCGGCGAGAUGUGUUUGCACGUGGCCGCCGCUAAUGGAAACGUGGAUCUGGUGCAUCUUCUGUUGCGUUUAGGUGCUGAUCUCAAGGCGAAAGAGGGUCUGGCGGGAUAUACGGCGCUUCAUCUUGCGGUAGAGCGCGAGAACCGGCCAUUGUUUGACUUCCUUCUGCCAGAGUGUCAACGUGCGUCGUGUCUGGAUGAGCGAACGUAUCGCGGUAGAACAGCCUAUCAAUUGACCCUGGACGUCAACAGCGACUUUGCGAGGAAGGCACGCAGAGAGCUGGUACGGCAUGGCGCUAUGCGAGAACCACUGCCAGAAUCGGAUUCUGACAGUAAUUCCGAUAACAGCGAAGAUGAGGAGACGACGAGGACAUGGACGAAUUACUUACCCGGCAUCGUCAAGACACAAAACGCGGUCGGAGUGACAGUUUAAAGUUUAUCCACCGAUUAAUGCGACGUACGCGAUUAAUUCGGGCGUUAAAUAAUUGUAGAAUGAUAGAAAGAUAUUCGCGUAUAUCUGAAUGCAUGCGCGCGGAUAGCGUAUCUGGAAUCAUAUUGAUAUAUCUGUAAUGUCCUUUUAAUCUGUCUGGUUGAAUUGAGUUGGAGGAAUUACAUUGAAUAAAAACUUCACUAGACAAAAAAGAAAUCAAAAUUGCGUCUCGCGUUUUGUAUCUUUUAUGCGAAUAGAUAGGUAUAUCUUGAAAUUUAAUGCGUUUGGAAAUUAUCCUCAUUUACGAGAUAAACUUCAACAAAUAAUUAUUACUUGUGAAGAAAAAUUAAUUUUAUUAAAUUAAGUGAAAAAAUUGUGCAUUACUAAAAUUAAAUUGUAGCUCGAAAUUGAUGACACGCUGGACGAUGUUAUCUUAAUUAUAUGCUACAUUAAAUUCGGACACAAAACAAAAUUGUUACGUAAAAAAAAAGAAGAAAUUGCGUUUGAGGAUAAAAUGACUUCGCAAUGUAUAUGACGCGCAAAAAUCGGUAUCUAGCUUCGAAAUGUCUUUAACAUUAUCUUAAUCUGCUGGAUGGAUUAAGACCUAAGAACAAAAAAAAAAAAAAAGAAAAUGGAAAGAUUACUAGUUGAAUAGAUAAGAAAUAGAGAAUUUUACGAGAUUAGUUGAAGUAUGUAUUAUGUAUGUAGUACGCAAUUAUAGAGAUAUGUCUCUCGAAUCGACAAGUAUUGUAAUACAAUUAUAGACUGUAUAGACUGUGCUUUUCGAAACGAUAUUGGCAGCAAAGUGAGGAAUGAACGACAAACGGAUAACAGAGAUAACGCAUGGGAAUCGAGGAUCUCAGAAACGAACUUAACGCGAUUAACGAACAUUAACGAACGAAGCAACGACACGUAGACGCAGGUUGUCUUGAUGAAGGUCCUUCAUUUUUCCUCUAGUAAUCUUUCGCCGCGAGUAGAUAUGCGAGUAGAUAUCCUGAGAUGCGAAGAAUAUUCCAAGACAAGUCUGUACAAAUAAUACAAUGAACAAAAUGUACAUUUUUAAUGCGAGUGUUCUUGUUCAAGAAUUUGUAUGUGAAAAAAGGUGCGACAGUUCCGAAAUGUGUAACGAAAGCGAAAUACUCGCGGCUUAGCUAAUGCUGUACUUUAUGUAAAUAGAAGAGUACAUUCAAUCCGUGUUCGAUGAUACGAAUACUCGUAAGCAAGGGUCUUGUUUUUACUUGGUAAGUCAUAAAGUAAAGGCGAAAUGUGAAGUAGAUUAUUAGAUUCUCGAAGAGGAAUAAUCAAAUUUACAUUCUUCUGCGCGGCACAUGUAAGUGCGCGCAAUGUACAUGUCCAUAUUUAUAUAUUAGCGAA